UUUCCCUAGAAGUAAAUAGGACUCGAUAUCCUUUCCGAUCGCCAUUGCGGCCAUUGAAAGCAGGGGCUAUUGGCGACCUCUCCCUCUCUCUGGCCCCGUCAUCUGCUCUCGGGGAAUUCCGAGAAUCUUGCAUACUCGCUCUCGAUCUCUCUAAUGCCUUUGGCAAAGUCUGGAUUAAGAUCUUCGACGACGCCAUCUUCGCCUUCUUCACGGUGGAGAUGGUGAUCAAGAUGGUGGCGAUGGGCUGGUCGGGAAAAGGCUCCUACAUGGCCGACUCAUGGAACCGACUCGACCUGUUCAUCGUCUUCGCUGGGGGCUUGGAAUACUGCCUGGCGAUGGAGAACAUGAAUAUCUCGGCCAUCAGGACCAUCAGAGUACUUCGGCCGCUCAGGGCAAUCAACAGGAUACCCAGUAUGAGGAUCCUGGUGAUGCUCCUGCUAGACACGCUGCCCAUGCUGGGGAACGUCCUUCUGCUGUGCUUCUUCGUCUUCUUCAUCUUCGGUAUCGUGGGCAUGCAGUUGUGGGCGGGCAUGCUUAGGCAACGUUGCUUCAUCGACAUUCCCGUGAACGUGCUCCGGGGGUCGAUCUCCUCCUACUACCCGGACUACAUCUGUUCGCUGCCAAAGGACAAUGGCAUGCACCGCUGCCAGAAUCUGCCGCCGACGAAAUACGAAGGUAUGGACUGCAACGGCACAGCGAAAACGUUCGAUAGCAACGAACCCACCAAUGAAUCGUGUGUCAACUGGAACCAAUACUACACCGACUGCCGGCCAGGGGACAAGAAUCCUUUCCAGGGCACCAUAUCCUUCGACAACAUCGGGCUCGCCUGGGUGGCCAUUUUCCUAGUAAUCAGUUUAGAAGGCUGGACGGACAUCAUGUACUAUGUUCAAGACGCGCAUUCAUUCUGGGAUUGGAUUUAUUUUGUUCUACUCAUCGUGAUCGGGUCCUUCUUCCUGAUCAACCUGUGUCUCGUCGUCAUCGCCACGCAGUUCUCGGAGACGAAGAAACGCGAGAUGGAGCGCAUGAAGAUGGAGCGUGCUCGGUUCCACUCGACGAGCACUCUGGCGUCGGGCUCCAUGUCGGAACCGAACUCGUGCUACGCCGAGAUCAUCAAGUACAUCGCCCACCUGUACAGACGAGCGAGACGGAAGUUGUACUCCCGCUACAGACAGUUCCGCCGCCGCCACCGAUCUGAGCAUCCGCGGCAGUUAAGCCUUAAGAAGCAGCGGCGCCGUCGGCAGUAUGUGCUUGCCCAACACGCGCUUUUGACGCGCGAGCCGGGAGGCCACCUGACGCCGAGCACCGUGGUCACCAUGCCCACGGGCGUCGCCGGGGGAGUAGGUCCUGGCGGGGGCUUCACUGUAAUGAAUAACGUCACCGCAACAAGUCCUCAGCUUUUAUCGCCCCCAGAGGUUAACGAGGGCCAGGAGGACAGUAGAAACAAUAGCGCCCCUCGCGCUAGCCCGGAGGUGUCUGAAGUCGACCCUCAGACGUCCCCUCACCGCCCGGUCCUCCUCAUGAUCCCCAGUGGUGCUAGUGGUGAAGGGAACAAUGAGCUGGUGCCCCCAUCGCCCGCGGGAGCCUGCACUCCCCGGCAUAGAAGACGAAGCUCUGUGAUGUUUAGUGACGUGGUGCUCCUCCACGGCCACGCGGGCGAGACCGCUACCAAGAAUGUCUGUCACAGUGAGAAGACGACACAGACCGACGACGAGCCGCUGGACCCAGCCUACUUCCGUGAGCCUCUGCCCCCUUCCCCACACACGCCGGGCCCCCCCGUUUCACUAUUGCCUUCGGUUCUGCUUCCUCCGACGCUCGCACCCUCUGCCAAGACCAAGUCUUCCCUGCGGCCCGUGUCGCGCACACCUUCGUAUAAUGGCUCAGGUGGUAAGGGCUCACUCACAUGUGGCGAACUAUUAGCACUAAGUGGCGCGCUCUCGGCGGCACUGCCCACGCACUUGGGCAUCGAUUCCCGCUCUGUGCACACAUUGUAUUCUUCUCUUGCCAAAGGUGUCAAACAUUUCUCUGCUCCUACGUUAUUUUUCUCAGCAGACCAAGCGCCUGCAGGACUCUCAGGCUAUUACUCGGCCUCAGACUCCUGUCACUCCGACUCCGACUGGAGUGACGAGGAAUGGAGUGAAGAGGAGCGGAGUGGCCCGCCCUCGCCAUUGCGCAGGUUCUUCUCCAAGUUGCGAGUGUACAUCAAGAAGCUGGUGGAACACACUUACUUCCAGCGAGGGAUCCUGGUGGCCAUUCUCAUCAACACUCUCAGCAUGGGCGUCGAGUACCACAACCAGCCCGAGAUACUGACAACCAUCGUGGAGACGAGCAACAUCAUUUUUUCAGCAGUUUUCGCUCUGGAAAUGCUGCUGAAAGUUAUUGCUGAAGGGCCUUUUGGUUACAUCAGUAAUGGAUUCAACGUCUUUGAUGGUGUUAUUGUGAUUCUAAGCGUCGUUGAGAUGUACGAGAGCUACACGACUUCGCACGCGGAGCAGCAGGCUGGCCAAGGAUCGGGGCUGUCUGUGCUGAGGACCUUCCGCCUGCUGCGCAUCCUGAAGCUGGUUCGGUUCAUGCCCCAGCUCCGGCGCCAGCUGUUUGUUAUGCUGCGGACCAUGGACAAUGUGGCUGUGUUCUUCUCUCUUCUCAUUCUGUUCAUUUUCAUUUUUAGUAUACUCGGCAUGAAUCUUUUCGGUUGCAAAUUCUGCAAAAAGGGCUCAGACAAUUCAACUACCUGUGACCGAAAGAACUUUGACAGUCUCUUAUGGGCCAGCAUAACAGUGUUCCAGUUUUGCAUUAGAGCGGAUGGGAGUGGCGAUUGUACGUGUCGAGAGAUCCUGGACCCAGGGGCUGGGUGCAAGUGCACGAGGAUGCACUUUAACAACUUCCUGUGGGCUACCGUCACGGUUUUCCAGAUCCUGACCCAAGAGGACUGGAACGUGGUGCUCUUCAACGGCAUGGAGAAGACGAGCCACUGGGCCUCUCUGUACUUCGUGGCCCUGAUGGCCCUCGGCAACUACGUCCUCUUCAACUUGCUCGUGGCCAUCCUCGUGGAAGGCUUCUCUGCCGAGCGAUUACAAAAGGAUCACAUGGGUGUAAUGACUUUUUGA